GACUCUCGUCUCGUGUUUCCUAAAAACGGUUUAAUCCGAAACCGCCGCCGCCGCCCCCGAGAUUUUCCUCGGGUCCGUCUUCGGGGCAAGAGGGUCGAACAAUAAAUUAUUAUUACCGCGUCCGACGACAGUUGUUCGUCACCGUUCACCGUACAGGAAUAUCGUUCGGUGCGUGCGCGGGCGACGCGUGUCCGAGUGUCUGACAGCGGAUCACUGUGGUCCGCCGAUCGCGCUUUGGCCGCGGCCAGUCGUCGGCGACCGAGCGCGGUACUGUGCAGUGUUAGGAAUCUUCGCCGACGGAGUUUGUGCGGGUGACCGACGACGACGACGACGAUAACACAUCACCGGUGUAAUUAUUAUUAUGUCGAGGGCUUGAACUGCCGCCCGUCCGUUCGUCGCGACAGUGUGAUAUAGGCACACGCGAAGCGUCUCUGUCUCGCAUCGACAACGCAGAAUAUGGAAACAAUAUUUGGUGUACACAUUCGGCUUCAUAUUGCAGCAGGAAUUUUGCUAUCUAGCUAUUUAAUUAUAGCUCAAACAUCAUCUCUUCGAAACGAAAAUACUACAAGUUAUAGUGGUAACACAAUUACAGAUGCAGAAGAAGAGACGGAAAAAAUUAGUCCAUUUUGGUCGUUUAAUGAUUCCGUUGAUUUGACAAAAUAUGAGCAAUUUGAUCAUCAACGUUUUAUUGAGACUGUAUUGGAUCCUGAAUUAGUUCAACCGACAACAUCUACUGUGCCAAAAAUAAAGACACCUUCACAUACAAGACGGAGAAACUACACUAAAAUUCAACAACCAAUAUCUCCUCCAGUUUUUGAGGGCCCGGCAAUGUCCAAUGUGACAGCUAGAUUGGGCGAAAGCACGUUUUUAUAUUGCACAGUUCAAAACCUGCAACAAAGACCGGUAUCUUGGGUUCGUCGCCGAGAUUGGCAUAUAUUAAGUUCUGGUGUUUUUAUGUAUACAAAUGAUGACAGAUUUCAUGUAAUGCAUGCAGAUAACGCAGAUAAUUGGGAUUUACAGAUCAAAUAUGUACAAAAGAGAGAUGCUGGUUCAUAUGAAUGUCAAGUGGCAAUGGGAACGGGUAUUGCUUCGCAUUACUAUAACUUGGAUGUUAUUGUACCAACGGCUCGAAUUUUAGGAAGAGAAGAGUACCAUAUUGGAAAAGGAAGUACAAUAAACCUCAUAUGUGUAAUAGAAAAUGGAUCAUCGUCAACAAGGAAUGUAGUUUGGGUUCAUAAUGGAAUUCCUAUAUAUAAUAUUAAAAAUAAUAAGAAAGAUGAUCCUAGUCCAAUUAUGGUAACUACUGAAGUCAUACAACCUGACAAUACCAUUCAGAGUAGGUUAUUUAUUCGAGGGGCAUCUCCGUCAGCUUUGGGAAAUUACACAUGCACAGCACCAUACACCGAACCUGACACGGUCAAUGUUUAUGUGAGCGAAGAAGGUGACAAUAUCGCUGCAAUUCAAAGACAUGGAACUUCAUCGAGUGCAUCUUGUACUUGUAUAAUACAUAUUGGAUUCCCGAUGAUAGUUGUAUUUCAGAGAAUUGUCAAGUUCUUUUGAAAUGAAUAAUAAUUGUGUACAUAAUCAUAUUAAUCUGAUUUGGAACAAGCAUUGUGAAUAAAAUAGUUGCAAAGUCAUACAAUAAUGAUUUAUUGUUAAUCUUCUGCUGAAUUACAGUUUCUGAGUUAUCGUGAAUAUAUUUAUAAACACAAGUAUUAAU